CAGCACUGCGUGUGCGGAGGGGGUGCUAGAAUCCUUGCGCCUGCGGGGCCGCGCGAGGGAAGCGGCAGUCGCCAUUUUGAAGCGGUUGCAGGCAGGCGGCGUGUGUAGCUGCUCCUGAGUGCCCGGCCCGUUCCCGCCGCUUACUUACCCGUUCACUCUCCUAGCUUCGGCUCAUCUCCGCCGCAGCCAUUGCCGACCCUGCCAUGUCCGGAGGGGGCGUGAUCCGCGGCCCGGCCGGUAACAACGACUGCCGCAUCUACGUGGGGAACCUGCCGCCCGACAUCCGCACCAAGGACAUCGAGGACGUGUUCUACAAGUACGGGGCCAUCCGCGACAUCGACCUCAAGAACCGCCGCGGCGGGCCGCCCUUCGCCUUCGUGGAGUUCGAGGACCCCCGGGAUGCGGAGGAUGCGGUGUACGGAAGGGAUGGGUACGAUUACGAUGGAUAUCGUCUGAGGGUGGAGUUUCCCCGAAGUGGCAGAGGCACCGGCAGAGGAGGUGGCGGAGGUGGAGGUGGUGGGGCCCCCCGGGGCCGGUAUGGCCCCCCGUCCCGGCGGUCUGAGUACCGAGUGAUAGUUUCUGGACUGCCUCCAAGUGGAAGUUGGCAGGAUUUAAAGGAUCACAUGCGUGAAGCAGGUGAUGUAUGUUAUGCUGAUGUUUUCCGAGAUGGAACUGGUGUCGUGGAGUUUGUACGGAAAGAAGAUAUGACCUACGCAGUGCGAAAACUGGAUAACACUAAAUUUAGAUCUCAUGAGGGAGAAACUGCCUACAUCCGUGUUAAAGUUGAUGGCCCAAGAAGUCCAAGCUAUGGAAGAUCUCGGUCACGCAGCCGUAGUCGUAGCAGAAGCCGUAGUCGAAGCAACAGCAGAAGCCGCAGUUAUUCCCCAAGAAGAAGCAGAGGAUCUCCACGCUACUCUCCCCGUCACAGCAGAUCUCGUUCUCACAUAUCUGAAGAGAUGGAUUAAGAAUGCUUUGGAUUAAAGGAUUGUGGAGCACAUGUCAAUCAUUUUAGGAUUGUCAAAAGGAGGAUUGAGGAGGAUCAGAUCAAUAAUGGAGGCAAUGGUAUGACUCCAAGUGCUAUUGUCACAGAUGAAAUUGGCAGUAUUGACCUUAUACCAUGGUUAAACAAGUAUAUACAUACACCUUAUCUUGUAACUUUACAGGCACGUUUUAGUUAUUGUAGACUACAAUUGCUCUUUUCUUUAAAACCAUGUUGGCAAUUGUGGCUAAAUUACUUGCUUUUGUAUCUCUCUUCCAUUCUAGAUUUUAAAAAAAAAUCAGGGAGGGUGGGGUAUACUGGUUCAGUUUGUCAUGCUGCAUUCGGUCACAAAUGUUAAUAUUAUGUAGUGCUGAUACAUUUGUAGAUGCAGGGUAUCUUCAAACCAGAUAGAGUAUAAUAUCAAUACUGCUAAAAUCUGCAUGUCCUCUGUGUGACUGAUACAGCGUUGCUAUUACUUUUUAAGUAUCAGAAUGAAAACAAAAUAUAGAAAAUUUAUCUGGGCAUAAUUCCUUAAAUCUCAACCCUUCCCCUUCAGACUAAUUCACAGUUGACUCACUAAUAUGUUUGAAAACUUCAGUUAGUUAAUUUUGUUACCUUCCAGAUGGGAAUACUAGCUUUAGUUUAGACAUAUAGUAGGUGGAUAGCUUUAGUGAUAAACUUUUCCAAUAUCAUACAAAUUUUUUUUGCAACCACAAAACCUGUAAUACAUCUUACAAGCAGUGAAUAUAUUGGCCUUAUCAGUUGACAUAUGUAAAUAUUACAAUGUUUUCUCCAAAUAAUUAAUAUUCCUAAAAUUUAUCUGAGCAUCACCAUUCAAAAGUUUGUUUUGGGGAAUUGAUAGUUAUUAAUGUACAUCUCUUAUUAAUUGAUGGCAAACAUAACUAAUCAUUCCCCAGAAUCCUAUUUUUUCAUUACAGUAUCUAACUUUUUGCCUCCUCUUUUUUGGUUUUGCUGGUUAUAAAGGUUUGGAUUGGAGAGGGCUCACUGGAUCCCAAUCCUUGGAGCUGGAUCAUUGGAUUCAAAUCAUAAUGUGGAUAGGAUAGGGAGGCUGAAUUACAAGGAUUCAUGGAGCGGGAUCAGAUUACCAGGAACAUAGGAGUGGAUUCCUGCCCCAACCAAACCGCAUUCGUGUGGAUUUUUUUUAUUCAACUCAAUUGGCUAUUCCAAAGAUUUUUUUUCCUAUUUUUGACGAUUGGAGCCCUUAAGAUGCACGAUGGAUUUUUUUUUUCAUUUUUUUGGUAAAAGGAGCAAAGCGAGGACCUGGAGAGGUACGCUGGAGCAAUCUCCUUGGAAGGAUUCAGCACGAGUAGAUGGUAAACAUUAAAGGGGAAAAGGGGGGUUUGUUUAAAAAAAAAAAAUCAGUCAUUUCUCUAAAUUUAAAGAUAAAUUGGAGUUAAAGAUUAAGUAGGUUUUCAAUUGGCUUGCUGCCUUUUUUUCUUUGACAAAUAAAAUUUUAAAAAAAAUUGCAUGGUUGUUCUCAUUUGUCAAAUGUAAGAAUCUUAAGGUGGUCAUCAACAUCCUGCCACAAUGAACUGCAAUAAGAUUAAAGGUUACACUCAACAAUAUUCAGACAGAAGGGCUUUUAUUUUGAGUUCCAUAAAGGUCCAUUUUUUACACCAACACUUAAUGUUAAUAGUUGAGGUUUUAAGCUGGUCACUUGUUUUCAACUUUUAGGAUUAUAUAGAGGAUUUCUUAAUUUGAAGAGAAUACUGUGACUUAUAUUUUAUAGGAAAUGUUUUGAUCAGUCACUUUUAACAGUGAUCAAGCUCACUGAAAUUUUUUUCUUUCAAAACCAAGACAAACAAGGUUGGAAUGGUAUGGUAAGAUUUUUAAUCUUAAACUGUUGUAUUUGUUCUUGCUAUUGUAAUCUGAUAGUUUAUUGCAUCUAAAGCAUCAGUCUCUCGCAAAAUGGACAUAGAUUAGUUAUUGAGGGUAUACAGGAAAAAAGCACACGUUUUUAGCCAAGUUAACAACUUUUUAGCAACAUCUUUUUAAAGACAAAAGAUGUAGGGAAAGUCUUUUAGGGGACCAUGCUAUAAAGAGUGAGCUUGGUUGUAAUCCUGAUGAAAGUAAAUAACUAUAUGGUAGGAGGGAUUAAAAUAUGCUUCAGACUGUUAAAAUAAAAUGCUAAAGUAGUUUAGAUAAUUGGGGCAUUACAAAUAUUCAAUUGGAUUUCAUAUAUAAUUAAUAUGUGCGAAGAUUAAAUAUUAUAGUUUGUCAAGAAGAAAUCCCGAGAGGAUUAAACUUGUAAUUAAACCAUGAUUGUAUUGUAGGCUGUUGAGUAAUAACGACACCUGGGUCUGUUGUUUAGCUCCAGGCUAAGUCCUUUUGAUUGCCAAGGUGUGUCAUUGUAGAACACACUCUUUGGAGUAUCUGAAUGUGACAUUAAACUUUUUAAAAUGCCUAUAAAACAUAGCCAUAUAUCAUCAGAACUAGCUCACAGCCAAAUUUUUCUCCUUUUAAAACUUGCUAUCACUUAAAUUUAAAUAUAACUACACUAAAUAAAAUCACUAUAUAAAAACCAUUGUGAAGUGGAGUGCUGAGUAAGCAAAAGCAGGAGUGCAAUAUGUAAGAUGUAAUUAUUGAGUAAAGAUCAGAAUGCUUACAGGAUUACGGUUAAAUAAGAUGCCAAAAUAGAUCUACAUAGUCUGAUUUAUAGCCCUUGCACAGGUGGUUUUCAUAACAGAUACUAACAGGAGAGCUGUCAUACUAUUAAUUUUAAACAGACUAAUUGUGUAAAUAUAUGUUAAGAUUUGAUUCCCUUCAGAGGUGGUUGUAGGUUGUUUCCGGAUGCAGGGAGGGCUAGCAUCCAGACUGGAGUGAUCAAGAUGACAAGUACAUUGCAUUUCAAGGUGAGAAUCUAGAUUUUUAUUCCAUGAAAUAGACUUGUGGGCACUGUUCUAAUAUGAAAUUACUGGCAUGAAUGACAUUACUUUGUAAAAUGUAAUGUGUGCGCUUCACAAAUGUGGCACAAUUUAUAUUGCAUAAAUGAGACUGGAAUCUCUACUCACUAAUAGAUACCGUUGUAGAGCUUAUCAGUGACAAUGAGUAAAAGCAUCCAUGUGGGAGGGGAAUAUAAAUAAUUCAAGUAGAAAGCAUAUCACAGUUGUGGGUUUAAAACUUUUAUAUAGUAAUCCUAUAGUGGGGUGCAAGAAAGAGCAACAUUACAAAUAGUUUUCAUAUAUUUUUAAAGGAAGUUGGGGGAGCAGGGAUGCUUUCUAGUGGAAGUAUGGAAUGAUGGCAGCCCAGGAAUGCUGUCAUGAUGUGUAACAAUACAACCCAUUGUGCUUUAGCAGAGCUUCAUGCUAGUGAAUGGCAUGAGGUUAAUCCUGGUAGGGAAGCUGACAUUUUUAAAGGACUAUUUAAAAAAAAAAAAACCCAAGUUGAAAGUGACCUGACUUGCACCUCCCAGCAGUCUGAAAAUUUGACAGGUAAGCAACAUGCCUGUGAAUAGAUAUACAGGAAGUUUUACAACCGCUUCAUGUGCACUUAAGCUAUAGAUGUUUAAUGUUAAAUACUUGAAAAUCGUUUGCUUCCAGGGUUAUCUCAAAGUGGUUUGCAACCAAAGUACACUUAGCCCUAGUGAAAGACAACCACCAUGGAAUGGAGGACAGAUGUGUACUGGCACCCUGUCUGCCAGGAGGAGGAGGAGGACUUACUGGCCUGUCGGCCUAAUGUAAACACCUACUCUUUAAAAAUAUAUAUUGCCAGGGGCUUUUUAAUGUCCACGUGAAGCAGACAGUUCUUUCCUUAAAGAAUCACUCAACAGCGUACUUCUAAAAACGUUGGAGGAUGUUACCUCUUGUAGUUUAAACAGAACAGCAGCAUCUAUUUUUUUCAUAUAUAAACUUAAAUAGAAAGAAAUGGAAUAAUUCUGAAGAUGUUUCUUUCCUGCUGACUGCUGAGGAGAGAUGAUUCAAUGGAUUGGGUACAGGACAUGGCAACUGGUGUUCCCUAUUCCUGUGUCUUCCAUAAGUUUCCUGUGUGGUAAUGGGCAAGUCAUUUUAAUUUCCAUUUUUUUUUUGUAACAUGGAGACUAUGUACCUCAUUACAGUGUUGAGGCACUGAUGUUUGUAAAGCACUUUGAGAUCCUGAAAUAAAAAAUAGUGCAAAAUGCUCU